CAGGAGGCUCCUGGGUGCAGCGCGGCCUGUGGGGAGUGGGGAGGGCGUGGGGCAUCUGACCCCCCCGCCAGGAGCGCCACGAGCCAUGACUUCAACUGUGCAGACGCUGCGCUUCAAGCUGCUGCCGCAUGACACCGGGCAGGAGUGGGAGCACAGCUGCCAGCAGGAGCUCGAGCGCCGGUACCAGGUGGUGCCCUCUGUCGUGUGCGCCAUGUGCUGCAUCUUCGGGAUCAUCUACUGCUUCUUCGGCUACCGCUGCUUCAAGGCCAUCAUGUUCCUGACCGGGCUGAUGUUUGGCUCCAUCGUCAUCUUCAUGCUGUGCUACAAGGAGCGGGUGCUGGACACGCAGCUGAGCGUGGAGGCCUCGGUGGGCAUCGGGCUGGGCAUCGGGGCGCUGUGCGGGCUGGUCACCAUGCUGGUGCGCAGCGUUGGGCUCUUCAUGGUGGGGCUGCUGCUGGGGCUGCUGCUGGCGCUGGCCACGCUGGUGGCCAUGGAGCAGUUCUACCACCCGCCCACGGUGUGGAUCCCCAUCGGGCUGCUGCUGGGCGUGGGCAUGCUCGGCGCCGUGCUCACCCUGCAGUGGCAGAAGUUCUUCACCACCCUCUCCACGGCCGUCUUCGGCAGCGCCAUCAUGACCGUCACCAUCGACUACUUCAUUGAGCUGCUGCUGCUGGUGCAGUACGUCUACGAGCGGGUCAAGGUGGCGCCCGCCCGGCCCAUGUGCUGGUACAGCUGGGUCAUCCUGGGCGUCUGGCCCGUCCUCGCCAUGCUGGGCGUGCUGGUGCAGUGGAAAGUCACGGCCGAGGGGUACUCCCACACCGAAGUGGUUAUCAGCCGGCAGCAGCGCCGGGUGCAGCUGAUGAAGAUCAAGCAGCGGGAGGAGCGGAAGGAGAAGAAGAAGAAACGGAGGCCGCCCCAUCCCUCUCCCCACCCACACAAGGCCCACCUGCCCGAGCCCAGCUACCGACGCAAGCCAACCCCCGUGCGCCGCUUCGACGGGGACGUGCUCUCCCCCAGCUACAUCCAGAGCUUCCGGGAGCGGCAGACGGGUACGUCGCUGAGCAGCCUCAUCACAAGCGCGCACGCCGUGGUCGACCUGGACUAUGACUGCGGCUCUACCGUGCCCUUGACCAUGGGCUCUGGCCCAGCUCUUCGGGUAUAGCCCAGACCCCCCGACCUCUAGUGACACCAGCAGCAGGGCCCGCUCAGGGCCAGCUUGGACCGACACACCAGAGCCCGCACGGACCAGCCCUCCAGACACACCGGGGCCCAGCCAGAGCCCGCACGGACCAGCCCUCCAGACACACCGGGGCCCAGCCAGAGCCCGCACGGACCAGCCCUCCAGACACACCGGGGCCCAGCCAGGGCCAGCACGGGCCAGCCCUCCAGACACACCGGGGCCAGCAGGAGUGAGACGCCGGGGGGGGGGGGGCGUGUUUGAGGGGACUGCUGUGGCCCGUUUGGGGCAGGGGCGGUCUGACGGGGCAUGCGCAGGAUUCUGCCCAGGGAUCCCGAGCCGGCGAGCAAUGCAGGGAGAGGGUUAAUCCCACAUGCUGGCAUGGUACACGUGGACUCCUGGAGCAGGGUGAGCGCCCCACCGCCACACCCCGAGGGGGGCACAGCCCGUGGCAGGGGCUGAUGAGCCACGGCCCCAUGUGCCAAAGGGGCCCCAGAGCACCUGGUAUUAUCCAGCUUUCUCCCAGAGGCCCCCAGGAGCAGCUCCCUGCAUGCCUGCCCUUAGCCCCCCAGUGUCCCCCAAGCAGCUCAAUGAGCAGCUUCCUGAGUGCCUCCUCCCCCCACGCCCAC